ACAAGAGGUAAGAGUAGAAAGCCAGACAAAUAAAUGCUUGUAAAUCGAAUUCCUUGAAAGAAUGUUUGCUUCUUCAACUGUUCACACUAUAAUGGAACAACAAAUCUGUUGCGCUAUGAAACUGUGUUUGCGAAAGCUUUUCAAUAACCAAAAAUAAAAAAAAAACUUUUCUUUCUAUUUACUGCUGCUUUGAAGACUUGGGAAAUUUAUUGAAUAGUGAACUUUAAGAUAAUCGAAUGAGGUUGUAUGCAUGUUGGUAAAUUGCAAUAUGCAGACAUUCCCUUCCUACACCAAAGUCAAAAAUUUCUCCCAAAGCAAACUAACAAAGGCUGUCCUGCAAGAGGUCAGCAUCUUAAAAUUGCUUGUAUUGGAAGGCAUAAAACAAUUCAAAAUUUUUUUUAAACAUUUGGAUUGACUAUUUUAUUUUAUAUAAAACUCUGAAAAGUUGGAAAGCCUUGCUUUUUCAGUCUUAGAAUUUCUUCUUUAGGGGAAUUGAAACGAAGUUUUGGACGACGGGAUAUAUUUGGUUUUUUAUUCUUUAUAGACGAUAUUGAAAGUCUAAAACUCUUAUUUUAUUACUCAUUGGGACCCUUUUUGUUUUUCUCUUUUAUUUUUCAUAAUAAUUUAAAAUUUCCACCAUGGAUUCUCAAUUUACUCUUGAAUUGACUCAGUUAUUAUACCAGAGCACUGCUCCUGAUACCACUCAAAUUACAGAGGCUACCCGUGCCUUGGAAACAAAGUACUUGAAAGAGCCCAGUGCUUUGUUGUCCUUGUUGCACAUCAUGGCCACAUGCGAAAACUUCCAAGUGCGCCAACUUGCAGCUAUUGAAGCUCGUAAGCUCUGUCACAAAUAUUGGCCCGACGUUCCUGCUGAUGUACAAAAUCAAGUUCGUGCCAAUUUGUUGGAAAUCACCAUUAAAGAACCCGAAGGCAUCGUACGCCAUGCUUUUGGUCGCGUUAUUGCCGCCUUGGCGAAAAUUGAUCUUCCUGAUGGAAAAUGGAACGACCUUUCUGGAUUUUUGGUCCAAGCCGCUAUGGAUCCAAACGAUUCCAUUCGUGAAAUGGCCAUCUAUGUGCUUUAUUCGAUUGCUGAGACUGUCGAUUUAGACAGCAAGUUGCUCUUAGACUUUGUACAUCUGUUCUCUCGUACCAUCACCGAUUCUAGCCGUACUGUUCGAGUCACUUCCGUUCAAGGUUUGGGUGCCGUUGCUGAAGUUUUGGAAUCCGACGACAAAAAGCUUUUACAUGCUUAUCGUGAUACCCUACCUAGCAUGCUCAUGGUUUUGCAAGACGUCGUUCAAGUCGGCGAUGAAGAUGCCUGCAAAACUGUCUUCGACGUUUUCAACACUUUCCUCAUUGUCUCCGGUGCCAUUAUUUCAAAGGCUCUUGGAAACAUCAUUGAAUUAAUCAUCGGCAUCUCUACAUCCAACCAAAUUGAUGACGAAAUUCGUUGCAUGGCUUUGUCCUUCAUCAUCUCAUGCAUCCGCUUCAAGUCUCGUAAAUUGCAGGCUCUCAAACUUGGCAAAUCUUUAAUCCUUUCCCUUAUGCAAGUCGCUACUGAGGAAACCACCGAAGAUGCUGAUGAGGAUUGCCCUGCUCGUCUUGCUUUACGGGCUAUUGAUCUUCUUUCCACACAUUUGUCUCCUACCCAAGUGUUUUAUCCCAUGAUGGAGGCAAUCAUGACUUUCUCUCAAUCCCCCGAGCCUGGUCACCGUAAGGCCGCUUUAUUGUCCAUUGGUGUUGCUGUCGAGGGUUCUUCCGAGUCCGUCGCUUCAAGCCUUCCUAACAUUUUCCCUCUUAUCGUCAAUGGUUUAUGUGAUGUUGACAUGAACGUUCGACAAGCCGCUCUAUUGGCUCUCAGUCAAAUUGCCGUCGAAAUUCCCAUGGAAGUUUCAAAGCACCAUGCUCAAUUCUUACCCUUGGUCUUCGAGUUGAUGUCCACUCAAGGUGUUAAAGUUGGAAAGUCUGCUUGCAAUUGUAUUGACGCUUUGCUUGAAGGUCUUGACCGUUCUGAAAUUAGCGGUUAUUUGCCCAUGCUUAUGGAACGCCUUGUUGGUCUCUUAGACUCUAAUGUUACCCCUGACAUCAAAAGUUGUGUUGCUGCCGCCAUUGGCUCUGCUGCUUUUGCUGCUCAAGAAGACUUUUUGCCAUAUUUCGAACGUACCAUGGCUAGCUUGUCCAAUUGCUUACACACGUCUGAUGACGAUGAGGGUUAUGAACUUCGCGGUACCGUUAUGGAUACAUUAGGAGCUAUCGCCAAUGCCGUCGGUAAGCAAGCUUUCUUGCCUUUCACUGAACAACUUAUUCAAUUAGCUUAUGAAGGUAUUCAAAUUGACCAUUCUCGUCUUCGUGAAUGCUCAUUUUGCUUCUAUGCUGUUUUGGCUCGUGUCUACAAGGAAGAAUUUGCUCCCUUCCUGCCUCAUAUUGUGCCUGCCUUGUUCAAAUCUCUUGACCAAGAUGAAACAGAUGUUUUAAGCGAGAAGGUCGGCGCUCCUACUGCCGAUGAGAUCGGUCAAUUGCUUGAAUCUUCUGAAGGUAAUGACGAUGAAGAUGACGAAGAAUUAGAAAAGGCUAUGGGUGUUAACUCCGCUAUCGCUAUGGAGAAGGAAAUCGCUGCUGAUGCUUUGGGAGAAAUCUGUACUUAUGUAGGUGCUCCUUUUGCUGAGUAUCUUGAGCCUACCGUUGAAAAAUUGGUUUCUUCUACCACUCACUUCUAUGAAGGUGUUCGUAAGUCGUCUUUGACCAGCUUAUGGCGUUGUGCUAUUACUUUCUACAAGGUUUGCAACUUACCCCAAUGGAAGCCUGGCUUGCCUUUGCAAAUUCCAGUUCCCGAUGCUGUACAAAACAUCUUUGCUGCUGUUAGAAAGUGCUCUUUCGAUACUUUGGAUGAAGAAUACGAAAAGACCGUCGCUACCGAUAUUCUUCGCAACCUUGCCGAAGCCAUCAAGACAUGCGGUCCUGUUGUCUUAGGAGAUGAUUACUCAAAGAUUUGCGAAAUUGUUAUGGAAGUACUUCAAAAACAACAUAUUGUCCAAGCUGGUGAUAUCUUUGACGAAGAUUUCGAAGAAGAAGACGUUGUUAGUAACGAAGAAGUUGACGAUACUGAACAAGAUGCUAUGUUUAUCGAUUCUGCUUGUGAUGUUGUUAUUGCUCUUUCAAUGGCCUUAGCUGAAUCCUUCGUGGAGUCAUUCCAAGUUUUCUUCCCUCAUAUCGUUAAAUAUUAUUCGAGCAACAACGGAACAGAACGUGCUAUGGCCGUUGCUUGCAUCGGUGAAGUUGCUGGAGGUAUUGAAUCUGCCAUCACACCUUUCACUGCUGAUGUCUUCACGUUGUUUAUGACUGCUUUAGAAGAUCCAGAGGGUGAAGUCCGUAGUAAUGCUGCUUACUCAAUGGGUCUAUUAUGUCAAUUCUCUACUGAAAAUUUGUCUUCUGAGUACCUUAAUAUUCUUCAAAAACUUCAGCCCUUCUUUACCCAAGAAAUAUUCCGUACUGCUCUUGAUAACGCUAUUGGCUGUAUUUCUCGUUUAAUUUUGCAUGAUCAAAAUGCUAUUCCCUUGGAUCAAGUCUUACCCAUUUUGUUGUCCAAGCUUCCCUUAAAGGAAGACUAUUUGGAAAACGCACCCUUAUACUAUAUGAUUCUUCAUCUUUACCGCCAGAAGAACCCUAUUCUAUUGCAACAUUUGGGUGAUUUAAUCCCCGUCUUUGCAUCUGUUUUGACUGGACCUGCUGAGCAGCUCAAUGAUGAGUUACGCACUCAACUUAUAAACUUAUUGAAGGAGAUUGCUCCAGAAUAUCAAACUCUCAUUUCUACUUUCCCUCAUUUGGUUGCUUUAUUACAGUAAAAAAUUUUUGUUUUUUUCUGCGGAUUGUUAUUUUGGUAUUAUAAUAUUAGGAUAGGUUUAAGAAGGCUUUGGUGUUUUAAAAUAGAUACCACUGAAUAAUUUAAUUGCUUCUAAGCGCGUAUAUAACAGUAAAAGAAAGAUAAAUAUUCAUGAUUCAACUAUUACUUG